AUGUCGAUAGUAAACAUUGUCGAAGAUAUAAACCCGUCGCAGAAAAGGCUGCAAGAUCUAUUGCAGAGACACAGCACUGAAAAACUGACACUGAUUUUUACAUCGAGGGAAAACCUUGACGAAAACCCCAUCCUACGAGAGAAGCUUUUCCGGCGAUACUCGGUUCCUGAAUAUAUCUGGACCAAGGUCUGCAAACGGCUCCAAGGCUAUUUCGGGUCGGAAGAUAUAUUUUCCUCGGAUGACUCUACUAUUGAGUCUCAUGUUACCUGGUUCCAUUUCGAGAUAAAAUACCCUUUCCCACCACCACCCAAAAAGAAAGAAGGUGCUGAAUACGUACCUCCAGACCCACCUCCACAAGAUGGCAAAAAGCCAGCCGGUUAUGCCUGGUACAAAAUCGCCAUCAUAACAACUUGGACAGCGCCCGAUCAACACACAAUAAUAUUCCUCGAUGCGCGCGACAGCCCUGCUCAUAGUAUCCGGAACGAAUUAAAAUCAAACUGUGAAAACGUUAAGAAUGAAGCUGCACUAGAAAAUCCAUACUGGUCGCAUCAGUUCCUUAUCGGGCCAAUACUUGCAUGUUACGACCAAGCUGUUUGGAAUCUUCGAGAUCUGGUUAAGGCUCUUGAACAGGGCCGCCGCGAUGGAAAGCAUGCAGUGACCAACGCUAUCGAUUCCAACGAUAGCGAUAUGGAAGCGUCUCGUAACACGUUCAACUCCCUCCAUGAGAUCCUUCGGCAUGCGCUUCAUAAAACGGAGAUUCUAGGGGUCGCAAUUCAAACUCUCGAUAGCAUCUGCUCGCGAAAGAGAAUCUUCGAAAGUGAACGAUACUCAAAUGAAGCAGCAGUGAAUAUAGAUGCUCCCGAGAGUGUGGCGGUAGCAAAGCGUUGUGCGAAAAAAAUUGGGGUGUACCUAGAUUUCCAAUUAUCCAUAGUGAGAAGCUUGGAGGCUCGUGCGAGGGCGAAUGAAGCCCGGAUAAGAAGCGAGAUCACUCUAGCUUUCAGUAUUGUCGCCCAGCUCGACAGCCAAGUACAAGCCAAAAUUGGGGAGGCUGCUAGGAACGAUAGUAACACCAUGGUAAAAAUCGCCGCAGUUACGAUGUUAUUCUUGCCUCCGUCGUUCGUCUCGGCUGUCUUCAGUACGUCUUUCUUUUCAUUUUCACCACCAGGGGACGAUAAAGUCUCAAGGGAUUUUUGGAUAUUCUGGGCAAUAUCCAUACCCUUAACGAUUAUUGUCUUCGGCAGUCUAUACCCAGGUGGCCGAGGAUUAUCUUUCAGAAGGCGUGUUGCGAUCGCGGCACACCACAAGCCGUCGGUAUCACAUAGAACAAUCCUCCCUAUGUAA